AUGACCGUCGCUGUUCUCGCGGCUCCGCACACCUCAUCGAAGCAUCGCAACGCGCUACGCGAGAUUGACAUGGCACCGUCGCAGGCGCAGUCAAAACCGCGUCCGGCGGCCAGCUCGGGUUCCGGCAGCGGGAGGGCUGGGAGAUCGAGCGCGCGGCUGAAUAAGGCGACUCAGGAGAAGGGGGAGGUUGAGACGAAUGGUGGGAGGAGUAAACGGAAGGCCGUAGUCUACGAUGAGGAUAUUGAGGGGUUCCAGUUUACGCGGCUUCCGAGCAAGAAAUCGCGGCCGUCGGUCGAUGCUGUUCCUGUUCCCGAGAAGCCGGAUGCCGGCACCGAGAAUCCGCCUCCGCAGCAGCGAACGCCGCGGAGAGGACGACCGCCGAAGAAGAAACCGGAAGUUCAGCCGGAGGGAGGCGCAGGUACAGAGGUUAGGGAGAAGAGAGCCGAGGGCGCGAGCAAGAGACAGACGCGAGGGAGCAUGAGGGGUACGGACGCAGCAGCAGAGACGCAGUCGGAGAGUGCGACACGGCCGUCGACGCGGAAGCGCGACGACAUCGAAUCCGUGCCCAAGGAGAAGAAACGGCGGAAAGGCAGACCGAGCAAAUCGGAUGUUCAGGAAAGGAAUGGCUUCGUGUCGCCGGAACCGCAGCAGUCUGGUACUGCUAAGAUCACGUUGCCCUUGGCCGACACGCCUGUCAUACAGCGGAACAAGGAGAUGAGGAAGGAGGCCAAGGGAGAGAAGGGGAGUAAAAGCAGGCGGAGUAGUCUUGGAAUGAGAGGGCGGCGGGCCAGUUCGCUAAUUGAUUCGGGUGCAUCGAAUGCCUUACCUCACAAGGAGGUCGGUACUGCCGACUUUUACAAACAUAUUGCAGAUGGGCUACCGGAACCGCGGCGGAUGAGACAGCUGUUGACCUGGUGCGCUACUCGAGCAUUGAGCGAGAAGCCUAAAGGAGCGCGGCCAGAAGAUGCGAGCGCUCGGCUAGCAGCUCGGGUAAUACAGGAAGAACUGCUCAAGGACUUCUCGACGAACUCAGAGCUCUCGAAUUGGUUUGGGCGGGAGGAUGUGAAUCCCCCCGCUGUUGUGGUGAAGAAGCCGAACCCGAAGAACCUGCAGAAUGCGGACAAGAUCAAGGAGCUUGAGGAGCAGAUUCAAAGGUUACAAAGGGAGAGGCAUUCGCUGAAUGAACUACUACGACCACCGUCGAUUGCGCAACUCAAGACCCGACCAUCAGAUACGGUUGAUGAUCAAGAUCAAGGGUCGGCAGCAGCCCAGUCUGGCGCGGCUCGGAAACCGCCGCCCGCGAAGAUAGACCCGUCGUUACUGGAGCCGUCGCAGCAGGAGAUUUACGCGAUACUGAAUCCGACGACGAAUAAGGAGCCAAAACUAGAAACACCGGAAGAGCCAUCGGCCCCUUCGCAGGGCAACAACAUCUUACCAUCGAUGACGCCGUCCGUGGUAUCUGCCCGUCUUUCACGCUUGACCAGCAGCCUUGGUCCGACAUUAGACUCCUUUGCGGCGGGUGUCCAUGACAUCGAGCUCUAUCGAGCCAUGUCGGACGCGGUGUCUUCGCGAGUCCUGCGGAUCUGCGCGGAACGUCUCGAGGAACGCGAUGCCCGGAAUGCCAUGCGACGCCUUGCGAUCGAGGGGGGUGACACGGAAGGCAAGGAUGCCGGUGCGCGCCGCGAAAAGCCCAGAGAGGAUCUGGGGGUGAUUCUCGGGGCGCUCAGUCGCGUGGAGCGACGGUGA